AUGGCGGAAGAAGGUAAAGCUGUUCCCGCCAUUGCCAAGCUCGAUGGGAAAUCUGGCAAACUAAGGACUUCCGAAAAAUCAAAAGUCCGAAGCAUCAACGCGGCUGUCUUGUCAGAUGAUGACAAUUCAUUGCUGGAUAUUUUGACAGAUGAUUUUGUUCCACAACGGAUACGCAAUAGCAUGAAUCAGGGGAAGGCACCGCCUGCUAACAACACCAAAGAAGCAUCAUCGUCGGAACCAUCAUCCAAUCCAAAACAACAAAGUCCGGCAGCAGCAGCAGCAGCAGCAGCAGAAGUCUCCUCUCCGCAACAAACCAAAGAUCACGCAAGUGAAGACACUGCCACUACCAAAAAUGAGACCAAGGAAUCAAACGGAGCACCAUCUGCUGCUAAGCCAAUAACACCUCCACCAAAAGCUACUUGUAAUGACGAGACGGGAUCGUCCGAGGAGGAAACAGAAGGUGCGGAGGACGAAGAAUCCAGCGAAUGGGAAAGCACAGACGAGGAAGAAAGCUCGGAAGAGGAAGGGUCGUCGUACGAAUCAACAGAAGAAGAAGAAAGUUCUGAAGAGGACGAGGAGGAAACUGAAACAAAGCCUGCAGCGAAACGGGUAAUCGUCAAAAGUUCCGCAGGAGAGUCAUCAAAAGAGAGUGGUGAUGUAAAGAAGAACGAAGCGCAACAAGAUGAAAGUGUUGUUGAUGAAAUUACAGCUUCUCCUUCGCCUUCCAACAACAAUAUCGGAACCAACAACGAAAUGGAAGCAAAGGGUGGAGUAGAGCCAUCAGAAGAUGAAAAUGCUAGCAAUGUUCCAACCGAAACGUUCGAAAUUCAGAAAGAAUCAUUGGAACAAGCCAAGACCGAAGCACAAAAGAAUGAUGCUUCUCCUCCCAACGACAAUAUCGAAAACAAUAUCGAAACCAAUGACGAAAUGGAAGGAAAGGGUGUAGUCGAGCCAUCAGAAGAUAAAUCUGCUAGCAAUGACCUUGCCGAGAUUCCAGACUCCCAGGAGGAGGAACCAUCGGAACAAGCCAAGACCGAAAUACAAAAUGAUGGUGAUUCUCCUCCCAACGUCAAUGUCGAAACCGGCAACGAAAUGGAGCAAACACAACCUGAGGAGGAUACGAAUACACCACCAAUGGAGGAAUCAUCCACUGGUACACCUGCCGACACGUCACCCAAAGACGCGGGGCAAGCUGCCAACGACGCAAAGGAAGAGACAGCACAGGCCGCCGCCGCCGCCGCAAACACAGAAACCACUGAAACUGACGCCGCCGCUGCUGCUGCUGCCGAGGAAAUAGAUCAUAGUGAAGUCGACGAGAAUGAUUCGGGAUCGUCCGGCGAGGAAGAAAGUUCGGGCGAGGAAGAAAGUUCGGGUGAAGAAGAAGAAGGAGAUGGCGAAGAAGAAAGUUCCGAAGAGGACGGCGAGGAAGAAGAGGAUGAAAAGGAUGAGACCGACCAAGAAGCGGAAGAAAUGGGGCAAGCAAAGGGGGUGACCAUUCCUUCCAACAUUGAUGGUAUCGAAAUUCCUGUCGGAGCCAAGAGCAAUCCACCCGAAGAAGAAGAGGAAGACGAAGACGAAGACGAAAAUGGUGAGGCCGACAAACAAGAGGAAGAACAGGAACAUUCAAAGGCCAUGAUUCCUUCCAACGUUGAUAGUAUCGAAAUCACUGCUGAAGCCAAAAGCAAUCUAGUCGAAGAAGAAGAAAAAGGCGAGGUCGACAAAGAAGAGGAAGAACAGGAGCAUUCAAAGGCUACGAUUUCUUCCAACGUUGAUAGUAUCGAAAUUACUGCUGAAGAUGAAGCAGAAGCCACUGUCGAUAAAGAAGAGGAAGGAAAGGAGCAACCAAAGGCCAUGAUUCCUUCUAAUGUUGAUAAUAUCGAAAUUCCUGCUGAAACCAAGAGCAAUCCAGCCGAAGAAGAAAGCUCCGAAGAUGAAGCAGAAUCCACUGUCGAUAAAGAAGGGGAAGAAAAGGAACAUUCAAAGGCCGAGAUUGCUUCUAAUGUUGAUGAUAUCGAAAUUGCUGCUGAAGCGAAGAGCAAACCAGUCGAAGAAGAGGACGAGGAAGCUUCAGGAGAGGAGGACGAAGAGGACGGAGAAGAAGAGGAAGCUGAGGCCAACAACGAAGAGGAAGAAAAAGAGCAACCAAUUGCCAUGAUUCCUCCCAACGUUGAGAGUAUCGAAAUUGCUGCUGAAGCCAACACUAUUCCAGCUGCAGCCUUUGAGAGUUGCCAGCAAUUGAAAUCCGUCAGCUUUCCACCCGACUCGCAAGUACAGUCCAUCGGAGAAGCUUCCUUCUACAAAUGCGAGGCCCUGACGGAAAUGCAUUUCCCACUGCACCUCGAGGUAAUUGCCAAGGAAGCCUUUUUGGGAUGUAUUGGGUUGCGAAAGGCUAGCUUUGCGAGUCCCGAAACGUUGCAACGAAUCGAAAAGUACGCCUUUUAUGGCUGUAAGUCGUUGCUCGAGCUUGGUCUACCUGAAGAGUUUGAUCGGAUAGACAGAAAUGCUCUUUAUGGCUGCUUCAAGUUGAACCCGUAUCCCAAAAGCGCGGAUCCAAAGGUUUUUGUCUACACUGGCGAAGACGGCGGUCAGUUUGUUGUUCCGGAAGACGUCACCCACGUUAGAGUCAGCGACUAUUGCGAAACCAUCCCGAAGAAGACGUUUAUGUAUCGACACCAACUGUUGCAGGUGGACUUUCGAAAUGCCAACAACCUCAAGACAAUUGAGAAACAUGCUUUCUAUCGAUGUGGCAACUUGCGAGACGUCAAUCUGUCCUCGACACCGUUGCAGUCGAUCGGGGAAAAGGCUUUCUUUGGAUGUAAAUCGUUGACUUCGGUUCACCCUCCCAGAACCUUGACCCUGGUGGACGGGGCUGCUCUCAACUUUUCAGGAUACUAUGUCUACAAUGGAGGUGCCGGCGAAAUGGUUCCGGCCGAUAUGAAACAAGUUCGCGUAGGGACCUCUGUGGAAAACCUGCCAAAAGAGGCCUUUGUCCAAUGUGAGAAAUUGCAGGAGGUUGGUCUCACUGAGGCGCUCAGCUUGACCUCAAUCGGGGAAGAAGCCUUCUACUAUUCAGAAGCAUUGACUGAAAUCAGCCUACCGAGAAACGUCAGAAUCAUCGAAAGGGCAGCUUUCCUCGGGUGCUCGAGUCUUGGAAAGGUAUCUCUGAAUACCAAUUUGGAAGUUAUCGGAGAUGAAGCGUUUGAAGCGUGUACCGCGCUACGGACCAUUGCUAUGUCUGAAAAUGUGCAGGUGAUUGGUGACUCUGCCUUUUACGCUUGCACUAAAUUGCAGCAGGUUCAACUUAACGACCUCCUGAAAGUGAUUGGUCAAGAAGCGUUCAUGUCCUGCAAGUCUCUGGUCAACAUCACGUUGCCAUCUGGUCUGAACACCUUGGGAGAAAAUGCCUUCGAGCAGUGUAUCAAUUUGGAGUGGAUUGAUCUGUCCGGUCCCGAUAACUUGCCAUUGGCGAUGCACAUUCGUGUGCAGUAUGAGGAUGAAGUUGGUGAGAAGCUAAAGAUGGCUAGCCUUAUGGAAAUGUACUCUGAAGCUCCGCUGGAUGCCUCAAAGCUCGUGUCGGGCAAUGAAGAUGAACUCCAACUUCUUGAUGAAAUCAAGUCAGCAUACAUGCUAGUCGAGCUGGAUGCUAUAGCGAAGUUCCCAAACCAGGCGAAAGAUAAUGGAUUUGUACAGUUUCUGUCCCAUCACCUGGAUAAUCAGAGUGCCGAAUCAUUGUAUGAUUACUUACAAGCAGCGAGUGUUGAAACUGUCCAGAGGCUGGCAACUGCGAAGGAUUUCUCUGGAAACUCAGCUUUGAAAGUUGCCAAACCACCUGUUCUACAAGCAUUUCAAGAGCGGCUCUCGUUCCUUGGCCGGUACAGCCUGCAGGAAGAAGCUGUUGUAUGCAAGUCGGACAAUGCCAUCGUGAUAGAAGCAGUGGAUUACGAGAUGGAAGAGUGCUAUGCAGAAGGCUUUGACCGGUGGUCUCUAGCAGAAACAUUAGACGAUGAAUUGUUUUGCCGCGCUCUGGAAGACCUGCUGCUGAUACCGAUGGAGAAUUCUUUCGCAGUAAGCGAGGAGUAUUUUCGGCAAAUCGACCACAAGAAGCAAGGGGAGAUUUCAAAGGAACAAUUUCUAUCAUUUUGCACGGAAAAGUUUGGACGCAAAGUCAUGCUGAAGUUUCUGCGGUAUGAGGACCAGUACCAACGGGAGCUCGACAGAAAUGCUUUGGAUCUUGACCGAAGGCAUGUCUUGCGGAUUCUUCGACAUCACGACAAACGUGAUACACCAGGAAUGGCAGACGCUCUUCCUGGUUUUCUGGGGGCUCACCUUAGUAAUGACGAAUCGCCCUCUGACUACUGCCAUCUGAUUGUACUUCCCCAUGGCAAUCGGAAUUUAGAGGCAAUCUAUCGCUUUGAGAAACCAACUGGACUUGAAGUAAAAUCACUCUUGCACGAGGUUGCAAAAGCGCUCUCGCAUCUACAUGACAAUGGAGUUGUCCAUGGCAAUUUGAGAAUGUCAAAGAUUGUGCGACAGAACGGACAUGUCAAGCUUACGGAUAUGGCAGCAUCUGCAAGGAGCGGAUCAGAACCGUUGGGUUUGAAAGCGUCCUCGGGCGUUCUCCCCCCGGAGAUGAUCCACGGUAUCCUCGACAGCAGCGGUUGCGAGCAACUUAAAGACUACUAUCGAAAUGCAAGCGCCAAAACCAAAGAAAGCCGAGCUCCCAAGAUCAGUCACAUGCCAACAAAACUUUGGUGCGUCACUAAAGCCUACCUUACAGACAAAGGUAGAAAAGGAAGCUCGUUUGUUCCCAGAACUGAAGGAUUACCAUACGAGUUGCUUCCAGCUUCCGCUUCUGCGGAUGCAUGGUCGUUCGGUGUUCUUGUCUACGCAUGCUGCACUGGCCACCCAUUAUUCAAAGUGAACUAUCGAGAUUCUAUAGAAGAUGGUGACUCCCUCCGAAGGCUAUGGGAUUGGAAUGAUAUUGAUUUGGAAUCAUCAUUGGCACAACAUAUUGAAGAUGAUGCAACGCAAGAUCUGCUACGAUAUCUUCUGCAGAGAGACCAGUCAAUGCGCCCAUCUAUGAAGGAGGUACUGCGCCACCCUUUCUUUGACCCUGAUAACAAAAUGGAAGAUUGGCAGAGUACAAGUACUGCACAAACUCCUAUUCCUCAUCACGACUACGUUACAGUUUUGAAUGACGAGUCAACAGUUUUGAAUGAUGUGUCUACAGGGUUGAAUGAUGAGUUGGAGACUCCUCAUGUCAGUAACAAGAGGUCUGUUUCUUCGUCUCAUAAGCUAAAAAGUGUCCCCCUGGCUUCAGGCCCGAAUGGUGAUGAGGAAACCGUAUCUGUGAUGGAAUAUAAUGCGGUAUCCAAGGAAGUGGAAGUAUUGAAAGAAGAACUGAAGAAAUCAAUGGUUGUUGGCUCAGCUGAAAGCAUUUCAUUACAGGAAUACAAAAAGCUUUCGGAUGAAGUCGCCCUCCUAAAGGAUGAACUGAAGAAAUCGAGGCACGAAUUGAUUGCUUCUCCAGGAGUGAAUCAUCGUGAUCCUUCUCACUAUCCGAAUGCGCCACAAAAUGUCGAGGUCAUUUUUGAAGGCUGGCUGCAAAAGCGAAGAUUCAACAAGAAAUCAUUGUGGAAGAACCGCUACUUUGUGUCGUAUAAGGAUGGUACAGUCAUCUACUUUCGGAAUGCUUCCGACUUGAAUGAUCCAAGAAAUGGUGGCUGUGCCUUUCAUGCAAUUAAGUUUCAGAAGCCUGAAGAGGGGAGCGAAGACACUUUUGAGUUGCAUACACAGCAAGGAGAACCCAUCAUGCAACUCCGACUGUCAGAUCUUACCAUUUGCACAGUAGACGAUUGGUUUGGUACAAAACAGCAUGAGAAUAACUCUGUUGUUCACGAAGGCUGGUUGCAAAAGCAAAGUCGAAAGCACAAACAGCUAUGGAAUGACCGCUACUUUGUAUUGGACAAAAUGGGCACCGUCAUGUACUACGCGAGUGCGGCUGCUGCAAACGAUCCAAGUGCUGGAGGUGCUACCUUUGCGAGAGUCAAAUGGGAGCAUGUUGCAGAUACAUCAAAAAAGGAAGAUUUUGACUUGAAAACUAUGAAUGGCAAAUCAAUCAUGAAGCUACGGUUGUCAGCGCUAUCAUCAAGCAACAUUGAUGAUUGGAUGAAGGGAAAUAGGUGGUUCGAGAAGCCGAAUCAGCCGCCCAAAAUCAUUCGCAACGAGAAUAUUGACGAUGCUCUACCAUCAGUUCCUGGGUCAGCGCCACAGGACUUUGUGUAUGCGAACGAACUCGCAACAUUUUCGGGUGUUUCAGAAAUGGGCAUUACCUAUGAUGGAGCACGAUUUAUUGACAAAGAAACUGGCAGCAUAAUUGAAUUGGAUGAAGACAUGUGGGUGGGUCUGAAUGAUAGACAAACAGCUGACGAAAUUGGCAACGCAAUCAAACCUAUUGAAGAAGAAAAUGAUAUCACCGAGAAAAAAUCGGACGAGGCAAUCGUCUUUGACAUGAACAAGGAAGUACAAGAGCGAAAUGAGGGCAGCGCUGACAAUGCCUUGAACGAUGGAGAUGCCAUAUCCAGCGAAACAGUGGACUUGGAGGAACCUGUCAAAGAAGGAAUUGAGAACGAAGUGCAACCAAAUGUUGGCAGCGCCAUUCUAGAGAAGGAAGACAAGCAUGAUGAGCAGAACGGUGGAGAUGCAAUCUCCAACGUAACAGUCGACUUGGAUCAGCCUAUCGAAGAAAGGAAGGAGAUUGACAGGGAACAAAAUGAUGCCAGCGCCACUCAAGAGAAGCAAGACAGGGUCGAUUCGCCAACCGUCGGAGUCACCAACGGCAAAAGCGGCGUAGUGCCGAUUGUCAAAGAUGGUGGCGAAAACAAAAGUAUCAAAGCUGCUCAUAUCCCACAAGAUGCCCAAGAAAAUGGCGAUGCACAGAAAGAUAAAGACAUUACCAGCGGCAUCUCCAAAGCAUUUCAACUCUUCAAAAGAAAAGAAGUCAAAGAGAAAGCAACUGGUAAUAAUGUCAGGAAGAGUGGUGCUGCUAUCUCUGCAGCCAAAGAAGAUCAAGAUGCCUCGUAUGAUUACGAUGAUAGUGUUUUAUCCAAGGGUCCGAGAUCAAAUCAGAUUUUUGCUCCUGUCUCUUCUGUGAACUUUGCUGGUCAGGUUGCCGUUUUAUCUGAUGAUGAUAAUUCCCUCUCGAUCAAGUCAAACCCUACUGAAAAACCCAAAGGGCAAAACACGGCUGGGAAUCCACGGCGAAUCAGCGAACAAAUACCAAGGUUGGUUUCGCAGUUCACAGAGCGACUUAGCUUGGAUGGGAAGGAACGAAGAAGGAAAAGGAGAGAAAAGAUGAAACAAAAGAAGCGCGUGGGCAUGCUGAGCUAUGAAUCUGCCGACGGGGUUUUGGCUGGAAAAAGCAUGUAG